AUGCGGUUCCGCACGGAGCUGAAAAACAUUCGCACCUUUGCAAAGCUCACGGCUGCACUUGGCUCUCUUGAGAAGAUCGCCUGGUUGCGCUUGAGCGAUGAUACGGCACGCUUCACCGUCAUCCCAGAUAUGGGAUCGCAAGUCUGGGCCUCGCUUGCCAUGGACUUCAUCUUUGACGGCUAUCACAUCCAAUCCGCAGAAGCAUCCAACACCAUCAACCUAGAGCUUCCCCUUCAACCACUCCAGCGCGCCCUCAAGUCCGCCCUCAAUAGCAUAUCUGCUUCCCUCCGCCUAACCAAGAAGGAAGGAUUGCCUGUGCUAUCCAUGACCAUCACCACAACCACUGCCAAUCCUUCCAAUGCACCAGGAGCCGCGAAGCCCUCGGGUUCUGGUGCAGGAGAUGAUCCCUUUGAUGAUGACGACAUGUUCCAGGCUGAGAACCUGGAAACUUCUCUGAGACGCGAGCACGAAAAGAUUAUCACACAGGAUAUUCCCGUGCGGGUUCUUCAUCCAGAGACUGUUGAAACUAUCAUGCAACCACGAGUGCGUGAACCAGACGUGCACAUCCAACUACCGCCACUUCUUCAGCUCAAGGCCAUCUCGGACCGCUUCACCAAGCUCGCCAUGGCCUCUAGCUCUGGAUCCUCUACCACCACAAAAUCACCAAAGCUCGAGCUUAGCGCCAACAUGCACGGUGGCUUACGUCUUCGCAUGGCGACGGAAAACACUGACAUUUGCAGCGUCUGGUCCAAUUUGGAGAACCCAGAGCUGGAUCCUGCUCAGCUGGACUGCCCUGUUGAAGAACACCCCAGUACCAAGUUCCGUGAGGACGGCCCAGAUCGUUGGGCCACUGUUCGCGUGGAUGGCAAGGACUGGAGUCGUGUCUUAAGUGUUGGUCGACUGGAGGGCAGAGUGAUUGCUUGCUUUGCCCAUGAUCAUGCUUUAAUCCUCUAUGUAUAUGUGCCCCAGUACGAUGAUGCUGCGGCAGACGAUUCCGUCGUGACAUGUCUGAUUUGA